GAGACGACUGGGCCAUAGUGACCCGUCACUAACCCGGGGCCCACUGUGUGGGAACUCCGAGAGCCCGAAGAGGGGCGUGGCAGAGCCUGCAGCUUGGAAGAGCCGCGCUGACCAGGCCCCCUCCUCCCCCCCGCGCCUGGGGCCACAGUUCAGAUUAUAAGCGGAUGGUUAUUGGAGUAUGGAUAUGGGUAAUCAACAUGCUUCGAUCACAGCCCUUCAGGAGAUCCAACGGAAGAUCAAAGACCUUGAGCAGAAUGUGGCUAGCUUCAGUGGCUUACAGAGUGACCUAGAGUACAAAAGAUUAGAGAAAGCUCUGACCAAACAGCUUUUUGAGAUUGAAUCUAUAGACACAGAAGGAAAGGGGAACAUUCAGCAAGCCCGCCGGAGAGCAACCGAGGAGGUGGAGAGGCUUCAUAAAGAACUGGAGAAGACUGCAAACCAUCCAUGUCGGCUGGAGAUCGAGAAGAUUUUCAAGGAGAUGCAGAAUCUUGUAGCUCAACAAAUAGGUCCCUUGUAUGGAGGGAGAGGAUGUAUCACAGAGGAGUUUGAAGAAGGCGUUCAGACCAUUCUUAUGAGACUUACUCAAGUCAAGACAGAAGGAAAAGCUUCUUUAAGAAAAGCCAGAUAUCGCACUUUAACUAAAGUUCUCGCCAUUCAAGAGAUACUUGAAAAUUGUUUGAAGCAACAGGUCCUGGCUCUUCCCCUCUUCACCGAUGCUCAUCCAUCCAUAUCUAAAAUUAAUUGCAUUAUGUGCGAAGUCAACAAGGCUCGGGCCAGCCUGAUCGCUCUUCUUGCCGGUGUCAAUGAAUGUGAAACCUACAGACACUUAUCUUGUGUACUUUCCGGGUUCAUAGCAGAACUGGAUGCAUUAGAUGUUUCCGGCCACGUAGAAGUUAGGACAUACAGAAAAGAGGUGGUUAAAGAAAUUAACAACUUACUCAAGUACCUGGACCUUGAAGAGGAAGCCCACUUCACCAGCGCCUAUGAUCUGGCCACGAAUCAGUCCAUAGUUCAGAUAGAAACCAUUCGCGGACGAUUGGCCGACAUAAAAGCCAGGCUCUUCGAAAAACAAAUUAACAUGUCUGAAAUUCACUUGGGGACUAAGUCCGAACUUCAGAGUCUUAUUGCUCAGUUGGACGAAGUGAGCGUAGAGAAGAACCCUUGCAUUCGAGAGGCAAGAAGGAGAGCGGUGGUGGAGGUACAGACUGUCAUCACGUACAUUGACCUCAAGGAAGCUCUUGAAAGGAGGCACAACCUUGGCGAUCCGGUCAUUCCAGAACACCUAUCUCACGUUGCUGUAUGGAAAGUUCUUGGGAGCCUAUCUGAGCUUCAGAGAGAGGUCCUGUCAUUUGAUGGCAGCAGAGCAGAUAAAAAUUACAAGCUGCUAGAAGAGCUCCUCACCAAGCAGCUACUCACCCUAGACGCCAUUGACUCACAGGGCGAUGAACGUUCAAAAAUUGCAAGGAAACAAGCGGUAAAGUUUGCCAAUAAUAUCCUGAGCUACCUGGAUAUGAAGACAGACGAAUGGGAAUAUUAGGACUUGCUUUAACGAAGCUUGUACAACAUUAAUGAUUGUAGGUGGUCAAGUUUAUACAAAUUGGUGCACCAAAACUGGGUGCGAAACUGUAUUUUCUUUAUAAAACAUUGUGGUUUUUUUUUCUGUCUUUAUUGUCCCAAAGAAGCAUUCCUCCACAUAUACAGUAUGACGGAGAUGCUCAACCAGAACAUAUCCAAAAAGCUAGUUAGUAACAUAUAAGCCCAUGUACUAGUGCUUGGCGACAACCUUAUGGGACGUGGGGUUUCAUAAUUAUUGGGUUCUAGCCAAUAAGCCAUUGGUUUCUAGAAGUUCAGUGUUGUUCGAUAUCUGAUCAAUCGCUGUCGUUUGCGGCAUGUGAUUUUUGCUGCCACUUUAUUGAUUGUUUAUCAUAUUCAGUUCUGUUAUUCUGUAGCUGAUGGAGAGGAAUAGA